UACUUUCAUUUCUCUAUCUACUUGGACCGCCUACUUCUCCUUCCACGCAUUUCCUCUCUCUAUUUUCUCCCGACUUGCAGAGAGUAUCUGCCCGAUUCGCCUAGAUCUUGGUUUAUGAGCUCAAAGGAGAAACCCACUCUCGGUGGCACGCGGAUUAAGACCCGCAAGAGGAAUAUUGCUGCGCCUCUUGACCCUUCAGCAUUUGCAGAUGUGGUGAUCCAAAUAUAUUUGGAUAGUGCUGGUGAUCUGGAACUUGUUGCCAAGAGCAUUGAAGCCUCCGAACUUAACUUCUCAAGAUACGGUGACACAUUUUUCGAGGUUAUUUUCACUGGAGGCCGCACACAACCUGGAACAAUUAAACCUGAUGAAGGGGAGCGCCACCCGUACUCUGUAAUUGCGUGUGAGCCUGAGCGUGAAGACAUUUUGCCAUCUGUAAUCUUUAUACAGAAGAUCCUUAGAAGAAAGCCUUUUCUUAUAAAGAACCUUGAAAAUGUUACCCGGAGAUUCUUACAGUCAUUGGAACUUUUUGAGGAAAAUGAAAGGAAGAAGAUUGCAAUUUUUACGGCCCUUGCAUUUUCUCAGAAAUUAUCAGGGCUUCCACCAGAAACUGUGUUCCAGCCACUACUCAAGGAUAAUCUUGUCACCAAAGGGCUAGUUCUCCCAUUCAUCACAGACUUUUUCAAGGAGUUUUUGGUUGACAACAGUCUUGAUGAUUUGAUCACAAUUCUUAAGCGAGGUAAAGUUGAGGAUGACCUUCUUGAAUUCUUCCCAACUUCAAAGAGGACACCUGAAGCGUUCUCUGAACAUUUCACCAAGGAAGGUCUCCUACCCCUGGUAGAAUACAACAAGAAAAAGAUUUUUGAUGUGAAACUCAAUGAAAUGAAAACAGCGCUAACAACACAAAUAUCAGAGGAAGCUGAGGUUUCUGAUGUCGUAGAAACAGUAAAACAGCACGUUAAAGAUGCUAAGCUACCAGAUAUCGAGGUUGUGCGAAUUCUGUGGGAUGCCUUGAUGGAUGCUGUCCAGUGGUCCGGGAAGAACCAACAACAGAAUGCUAAUUCAGCUCUCCGGCAGGUAAAAGCAUGGGCAGAGCUGUUAAAAACAUUUUGCACUACCGGAAAACUUGAGUUGGAACUCAUGUACAAAGUGCAAGUUCAUUGCUACGAGGAUGCUAAGUUGAUGAAGUUAUUCCCUGAAAUUAUAAGGUCUCUUUAUGAUCAGGACGUGCUUGCCGAGGACACCAUUCUUCAUUGGUUCCGCAAAGGAACUAACCCUAAGGGCAGGCAGAACUUUGUCAAGUCACUGGAACCAUUUGUGAAGUGGUUAGAAGAGGCGGAAGAAGAGGAAUAAUGCCGGCGUUGUCAUUGCGCUUCGAAGCCUUGUUUGGCUGGUCAUGUUGAUGUGUCAACAUCCAUGCUCCUAUUAUAUUUACUGUCUUUUUACUUUUAUUCUUUUCAGAGUGAUCUUUAAUUGGUACCAAAAAAACGGGGUUUCUUUGCUUAUUGACGUUAAAUGCAAUCAAGUUGUAGUUUUGUAUAAUGUACACUAUGUUGCUCUAAUAAAGCUGUGGACUAUCUUCAUUUCUUAACUCUCAAAUCCAAUGAUAAUAAUAAUAACAAUGUCUAAUU